AUGAAAGUCAAUGGUGUAAUAUUUCUUUGUCUGUUAGCAUUCGUUCCUCAAUCGUUUGGUUUCAAUGCAUUGAUAAUUACUAAUGGUGUAGCUGGUCAUGUUAUUCCCAUGUUUGAAUUGGCAAAAGGAAUGCACGAUCAUAAUAUUACAUUUCUUACCGAUCGAUUGGCUGAAACUUAUAUUGAUUUUAAAACAUAUCCCAAUCUAUCUUCAUUUCGUCUGAUUUAUACAAAUGAUUCAAUUGAGGCAUUAGUUGAUCAAAAGAAAAUGGCAAGAGAAAUGUUUGAAUAUUUUUUUAAUCAUUCUCUCUUGGAUAGUCUAAUUCAUUUUAUGCCAAGAAUGAUUCAAACUUUUGGUAGUAGUGCUUUAAUAAAAUUUGAUCGAAUGAAAAGUUUGAUCUAUGGUCUAGGUGAAUUUCUAUUUCAAACAACUACUGCUUCUGUUUUAUUAGCAUUUCGUAAUUUUAAUUAUGAUUCUUAUCGUACAGUACUUGAUGAAAUGGUAAAUGUUGAAUAUAAACGUAUUUUCUUAGAUGAACAACGGGUUAAAGUUGAAAAUCAAUUUCUUGAUCAAAAAUGGAUAUUACGACAACAUAGAGUUAGUCUAUUUAUUAGUCAUUGUGGUAUGGGCUCAGUUACAGAAGGAUUGUACUUUCAAAAACUAAUAUUAUGUUUGCCUUUAUGCAACGAUCAAUUUCCAAAUGCCUUCAUGAUUGAUCAAUUGGGAGAUGGACAAUCAUUGUUUGUUCCACCAUCUCCAUGGAAAUUAUUACUAAGACCGAAUAGUUUUCAUUAUUAUACUUUUACAGCGAGUAGUGUCACAAUCAAGUUAUUAACAAUGUGGAGAAAUAGUACUUAUGAGAAAGUCGCUCGAAUCAUGUCACUUGAAAUAAAACAUGCAGGUGGUGUAAAACGAGCGGUGGAAGAAAUUGAAUUUUUCGUUAGGUCCAAUGGUGAUUUAGAUCGAUAUGUACCAUUUCCAAGUACAUUACCGUUCUAUCAACGAUUUCUGUUGGAUAUAAUCUUUAUUUAUAUGAUUUUACCUAUGACAAUCAUGUUUUGCGUAUUUAUGAAAUGUUGCAAACGACCUCGAAAAGAAAAAAAGGAUUGA